AUGUCUAUAGUGGAUACACUUCCUCCGGCAAUUGUCGCGGUAGUCAGUAGUAUAUCUAUAAUUUUACAAACAAUUAAAAAUCGAAAAAAAUAUAUUGAAAUACCAUCAGACGAAGUUUCCGAUGAUAUAGUUGAUAAUGCGCGCUUUUCGACGAUAAAAAGGGACGUCUCCAAACUUGGGGUUACGAUAUUGCAGACUGGAUUAUUUGCUUUCUUGUUCUUUUGGAGAUUUAGAAAUGGGAAUAGUCUAAAUUUUGAUACGAUAAGUCCUGGGAUUCUUGCAAUUUGUUGGUUUUAUGCGCUUACAAUUUCAAUUAUUGCCUUGUCAUUGAGAUCGAGACAUUGGAGAUGGAUAUUAAAUGCAUAUUUGACUGCAUUUUUUUUUACCACCUCCCUAUGCUCACUUUGGCAACUUACAACAAUUGUAAAGUUAAGACUAAGUGAUUCUUAUCGCAUAGACGAAAUAAUCGAAAAAUUAAUUAUAAUAUGUAAUUUUAUUUUCUCUGUGGUGGCUACAUCUAUUGCUAUCACAACUCCGAGGGGUCCACCUGUACUUCAAAAUGGAAGAGCUGUUUGUGCAAUCCAGUAUUGUUCUAUAUGGGACUUUAUUACUUACUCUUCUGUUUCUAAAUUAAUUUACAAAAUUUACAAACAAAAGACUUUUGAUGAUGAUGAACUUGACUUACUUCCAUUUGUUUAUCAAGCUAGGUCAUUAUAUAAUGCUUUUAAAAAAACCAGAGGAAAUAGACUUUUGUAUCGAAUAAUAGUGGCUAAUAAACGUGUCAUAGGCUUACAACUUUUAUUCACAAUGAUGGGUGCUGCAUUAUAUUAUGCACCAAUGAUUUUUUUAUAUCGUUUUAUAUCAUUUAUUCAAACAAGACCUGAAAAUGGAUCUUUAGAGCUUGGAUUUAUAUAUGUAUUUGGAAUGUUUAUAUCAUAUAUUUUGUUACAUUUUACUGUUGCACAGAAUUGGUUUUGGGCCUCAAGUGUACUUAAUGUUAGCAUAAAAGGGAUGCUUAAUUCCGAAAUCUAUUCAAAAAGUUUAAAGCGAGUUGAUUCUCAUGUUUCGACUGUGAAAGAUGAAUCUAAUAAAUCUGAGGAUAAUUUAGACGUUGCCGACGAUGAUAAUUCAUCUGUUGGCAAGGUUACUAAUCUUAUGUCAAUUGAUACAAAUCGUGUUGGUGACUUCUCCGUAUGGUGGACAAGUGCAAUUGAUAGUCCGGUAGAAUUAGUAGUUGGUGUUUAUUUUUUGUAUCAAUUAUUGGGUGUGUCUUGUUUGCUCGGUUUGUCGGUUAUGGUAAUUACACUUCCAAUUAAUCAUCAAACGGCCAAGCUAUCUGCAAAAACUCAAGACAAACUGAUGAAUGCUAGAGAUCGUAGGGUGGGACUUAUGAAUGAAGUUUUGCAAGGCAUUCGUAUGAUUAAAUUCUUUUCCUGGGAAAAGAAUUGGGAAAAAAAAAUAUUGAAGGCUCGAAAGGUUGAACUUAAACAACUUCGAAAUAACUUUAUUUAUUUAUCCAUAUUUGAUCUAUUGUGGACUGCGUCACCUAUCUUUGUCACUAUUCUCAGUUUUUUCUUCUUCACAAAAAUUCAAGGAAAUGAGCUUACAGCUGCCAUUGCUUUUACUUCGAUAGCUAUUUUCAAUGAACUUCGAUUUGCCCUUAAUAUUCUGCCUGAAGUUUUUAUGGAAGGACUUCAAGCAUUGAUCAGCAUACAUAGAAUAGAAAAAUUUUUAGACGAAGAUGAGACCGAUAUUUCAUCUGAAAAUGAUUAUCAAUUUAUGACAUCAAUCUCCUUUGAAAAAGCAACUGUCUCAUGGAAUAAAGUUAAGGAAAAUAGCGAUGAGUUUACUAUGCAUGAUUUGGACUUGAAAUUUCCUGUGGGCGAAUUAAGCAUCAUUUGUGGACCAACCGGUCCAUAUUGUUUAACAUAUCCUGUUAAUAAUAAUAUCAAUGAAAACAACUGGAUUCUUUCGAAUUGUAUUGCUUUCGUUGCACAGCAAACAUGGCUUCAGAAUGCUUCUAUUCGUGAUAAUAUUCUUUUUGGUCUUCCUUACAAUGAAAGUCGUUAUAAUCAAGUUAUAAAAGUAUGCGAACUGGAAAAAGAUUUUCAGAUACUAGAAGAUGGAGACAUGACAGAAAUUGGUGAAAAAGGAAUUACACUAAGUGGUGCUGUCUAUUCGCGAGCAAAACAUAUAUACAUGGAUGACGUUUUCAGUGCUGUUGACGCACAUACUGCUUUUCAAUUGAUGAAUAAAUGUAUAUUAGGUCCUAUUAUGAAGGGACGUACCCGGAUUCUUGUAACGCAUCAUGUCAGACUCUGUUCGGCUGAUGCCGCUUAUUUGGUUGCCGUCGACAAUGGAAAAGUUGUUACGUCGGGUACGAUUUCAGAAUUACGUAACUCAGGAAUAUUGGCCUCGAUCCUUGAUGAGAAUGAUAGACAAUCAGAAUUAGUGAAUUCCGUUGAAUUAGCCGCAGAAAAUGCUGUCGAUGCCAGUAAAGUCUCCGAGCAGUUAACCUCAUCUUCAUCCAAUUUUGGUCACAGUACCGAUUUAUCAACUGCUUCUGAUGCAACUCUCGUCGAGAAUGUCAUUAGGGCGAAUGAUGAUUCACAACCAACAAAAAAAGUCUCCAAACCAAAAGUGCUUAUCGAAGAAGAAGCGCGACCAACUGGCAUGGUUAAGUUUAAGAUUUACAAGUCAUAUUUUCGUGCAAAUGGAAAUAUACUUUAUUGGUUGAUUGUUGCUGUAUUUUUUAUUGGCACCAGAGGAAUAACGAUAAUGGAAAAUUGGUGGCUUCAAGUUUGGUCAAAUGCCAACAGCAAUAACGAGACAAUUCCAACAAUUUUCAAUUUUGUUCAACAAAAUAAUUUAAUCAUGGUUAAUGGAAUAUUCGACGAUAUUCAUAAGCCACAUAGUGUUGAUUAUUAUUUAAAUAUAUACGUGAUGAUUACAAUUUUGUCUAUUAUCGUUGGUGUUUCGCGCUUUGUUUGUCUUUAUUAUGGAUCUUUGAGAGCGUCUAAAAAACUUUAUCAAAAACUACUUCAUCAAGUUAUUCGCGCCCCAUUAAGAUUUUUUGAUACAACCCCAGUUGGGAGAAUUCUUAAUAGGUUCAGCAAGGAUUUUGAAACAAUUGAUAGUACUUUAGCAGGCGAACUUUCAUGGUUUUUGGUCAAUGCACUCAUGAUGUUGGGUACUUUGGUUGUUGUAACGGUCAUUACAAAAGGUAUUAUUUAUACAAUUGUUGGUGUACUAUACUCGAAGGCAUCUCGGGAACUCAAGAGGAUGGAUUCUGUAUCAAGAUCCCCGCUCUAUUCUCAUUUCACUGAAACUCUAAUUGGCAUAACAACAAUCAGAGCUUUCGGUGCAUCAAAGCGGUUCAUGCAAGAAAUGCUAAUAAAAAUAGAUAACAACAGUCGCCCAUUCUUUCAUGUAUGGCUAAUAAAUCGUUGGCUUUCAAUUCGUUUCAACAUUACUGGUUCAUUUGUUUCAUUUUUAGCCGGUACUUUCAUUCUAUGGAAUAUUGACCGAAUUGAUGCUGGUUUAGCUGGUUUGUCCUUGUCGUUUGCAAUGAGUUUUACAGAGCAAAUAAUGUGGACUGUUAGAAAAUAUACUUCUCUUGAAAUGAGUUUGAAUGCUGUUGAAAGAGUAUGUGAGUUUUCUGAAAUUCCUCAAGAAGCUCCAGCUAUAAUCGAACCGAGACCACCUGCUUGCUGGCCACAUAGUGGUGCAAUUAAGGUAGAAAACUUGGAAGUUAAAUAUGCACCCGAUCUAGAAUCAGUACUACAUCACAUUUCAUUCAGUAUUGAAGGUCAAGAAAAAAUAGGACUUGUUGGACGUACCGGGUCUGGAAAGUCAACAAUAGCAUUGGCAUUGUUUCGAUUCGUGGAACCAUCGGAUGGAAGAAUUUUAGUUGAUGAAAUCGAUAUUUCAUCGGUCGGUGUUGAAGAUCUUCGAUCGAGAAUAACUAUAAUUCCACAAGAUCCAAUAUUAUUUACAGGUACUAUACGGUCAAACCUUGACGCGUUUUCUCAAUAUGAUGAUAGUGAAAUAUUGGAAUCUCUGCAACGUGUUCAUUUAAUUCCUUCUGAAGAGAAUGCGGAUGCUGCCUCAUUUUCAGGUGAUAAUAUCAAUUUAUUUAAAAAUUUGGAUACACCUGUAAGUGAAGGCGGAAAAAAUUUUAGUCAAGGCCAAAGACAAUUAUUGUGUCUGGCUCGAGCUUUGUUGAGAAGUUCAAAGAUCAUAUUGAUGGAUGAAGCCACAGCGAGCAUUGAUUUUGCUAUGGAUGAAAAAAUUCAAAAAAUGAUAAGAACUGAAUUUGCUGACUGUACUAUAUUAUGUAUUGCACAUCGGUUACGUACUGUUAUUGAUUAUGAUAGGAUACUAGUUAUUG